GAGAGAGAAGCAACAAAGUGAUCAACAAAGUGCCUUUUCCUUGAAGAAAUCCAUUUAUUUGAAUUAUUUUGAAGUUAUGGUGGACUCUGGAGCUGGACUAGCAAACAGAGAAAGGACAGAAGAGAUAAAGAAAGCAAACAGGAGAGUGACAGAGCCCGGUCUGAAACACUUCAGGAUAGCUUCUCAGAGAUGGAGAGAACUAAAGGAGUUCAAAUGACUGAAAACAGAUGCUCGGUGGAUCCUCUUCCUUGAGACAAGAUGGAGUAUUUGUCCGGGGUUUGUACCUGGAGGGGGCCGGUUGGGACAAGAAGAACUCAUGUCUGGUAGAAGCAGAACCCAUGCAGAUGGUCUGUCCCAUCCCGACCACACACUUCAAACCUGUCGAGAACCGCAAGAAGAUGUCCAAGAGUAUUUACCUGUGUCCAUGUUUCUACACACCGGUCCAAUCAGGCAGGGCGGUGCUCAGUGUGGAGCUUAAAGCUGGAGCCGUGACCCCGGACCACUGGGUGAAAAGAGGAACUGCUCUACUCAUGAGCCUGGACACAGAAUAAAUUAUAUUUACAAGAUCAA